CAUUAUACCGUUCUCGUGAUUCCGUAAAUGUAUUGGAAGCUCUUGACUUGGUGAUACAGGAAUAUAGACUAUAAUUUACUUGUAGUUUUAUUUAGUUUUAGUAUUAUUUAAAAUACAACCUAAGUUUAGCAAAUUCUCGUCAUUUACAAAUUUAUUUAGAUGUAAUAAAUUAACUUAGCACAAAAAUGUUAAUAUAUAAUGCCAUAUUGAAAGUUACAACAUUGUUGAGAAUAACUUAUUAAAAUUCUAUUGAUAAAUUACAACAUCAAUCUUCUAUAUUCCCUAUACUAAAAAACAAAAUCAACGAUCAAAAUUAAAUUAUAACCAAAUAUAAAAUCAUAACGGGCAUGGACAUAUAUUGAGUGGAGUUCAAUUCAUUUUAAAUCUCUUAGUUUUUCUGAAAUUAAAAAUGAAUUUUUAGCGUUCUCAAUAUGAAUUUUUGUGGAAAAACCGGUCUGUUGGGGUUUCAAAAUUUGGUACAAAAUUAUAAGAGUUUCAAAGAAAAAUAUGAUUAGAUUUUUAAAAAGGCCCCAAAAUAUUUUGAAUAUCGUAUAAAAACAAACAUUAAAUAUUAUGUACCAUGAAUUGUCUGUACUGGCAGCCAUUUUGAUUCUUAUUCCAUAAAACAAAGCUAAACCUUAAAGCAUUUAAAUCCCUUGUUUUUGUUUGUAGAGCUUUGUGAUAUUAGUAUGUUUCACAUAAAAGUACAGCUUUAAUUAAUCCAACAUUUUCUUCCACAUUACCACCAAUCAUUAUAAAAGCUAUAAACAUUGGAUGAAAUAACAGUCUUAACAUUAAAUUUCGAAUCAUAAUUUGUUAUCAGCUAAUGCUGUAAAACAUAAAAAACAAAUACAUUUUUAAAUUAAUGUAGUUUAUUUAGAAAAUCGCAAUCCCAAUAAUAUAUAUAUUCACAUGUUACUAAAUCAAAUUCUUAUGUCCAAAUUUUCAUGAAAUUUUAAAUCAAGAAACAAGUUAGGCUUAUAUAAGACAUAUAAAAUUGAUAUUUAUAUUUUAUUGUUUUAAAGUUGUGGAACUAGUAAAGUUCAAUAUACAAACAUAACAAUAACAAACCAUAAAACCUGUUUAACUCUGUAUUUAUUAAAGAAUAUUAAUAUGAAAUUUUCAAAAAUUAUAAUUGAUGUAACUUUUGAUCAUAUUUACUGAUGUAUAUUCAGAACUUGUAUGUAUUAAUUUUAACAUGGAAAAUGUAAAGGGUUAUGCAAGACCAAUAACAUUUUAUGAAUUAGAUCAAACAAAAUCGACUUACUUGUUGAGUCAAUCCUUAACCUAAAAGACUGCAAUUGAUUGAAGAUAGUUUGUUGAUGCACUCCUCCGAAGUUCAAAACACGUGAACUGUGUAUAAAAUUUUAAACACUACCAUAUUUUCCAAACAAGUUAUGUUUCUCUUUUUGUAAAGUUUUAUUUUGUCAGUAAUUGGUUUUUGAAUUUAAAUAAAAAUCACACGUGCAUUAAAUAAACAAUCCUCAACGUUGAACAGUCCUGUUUCCAUUUCUAGGCUGUAGCCCUUAUGCUUGUAUCUCCAUUGUUCUCAUUGUGCAGUACUGAAAUAAUUUGUGAAACCAACAAUUGUUUAUAAAUAAACAAACUGAUCUGUUUCCUGUGCCAAAUAAUUGUAUUCCAUGAGUUUCCUUGCAUGUUAUCUAUUAUGGUGCUGGGACACCCUCGAGGUUCUUCCUUAACUCUGUUUUCUCACGUAUAUUUAGCUGUUGAUUUGGGUACAAAUUUGACUCAAAAGAGAAGUAUAUAAACUGUUGUUGGGUUUGUGCUUAACCCUAUUAUUGAUUUACAAAGUAGUUCUUAGCAACUCCACCCGGCAGUAAGUAUUGUAGGUUUUAGGUUAGUAUAAGUUGAACAGAGAGAGUCAUAGAUAAAAAUACAAAAUACUUCAGGGCCAUCAGCAACUUUGGAUCCGUUAUGUUUCUCUCGGUUGAAUAUCUUCUGUCAACUUAACAAAGGCAUAGUGUGCGCAUGAUUUUGGUACAAAAUACAAACCGAUGUUAAUGCCAAAAGAUAAUUAUACUGAGAAAAAAUUGUUAAUAAACUGAUUACAUAGUACGGUUCAUCUCAUUUAACGUUUUUCCUCUUGUAAUUUGAUAAAGUAAUUAUAACAGGAAAGCAGUCAACUAUUGAUAAGUACUAUUUUUUCACGUUUUCCGUUAAGUGAGGAGGAAAUAAGAUUUUGACAAGGAAAAUCGUGUUGCUGAUGGCACUAGUGAUGAUGAUGUACUUAUAUUAGUGUCACAUGUUCGUAGUAUCAGUAUAUAUGUUCGGAUGUUUGUUCACCAGUCUAGUGCAAGAUGCGGCCUGUCGGCGCAGUCGUGGGAAACCUAUCCUGGAGAGAGAGCGACACAGAGUGCUCCACUCUACCCACAGAUGAGUUCCUUGGAGUACACGGAACCCCUAUGGUGCGAGCAAAUGCAAGACAUGAGUGGUUACGUGCUCCCGGACAUAAUCUCGCCGCCAUUGGAUGAACAGUUUCAAUUAAACUUUAGUACAGCACAAACUGAACAUGACUUUGACCUGCAAAAAUUCAGGAAAUCCAUCACCAGAGGAGUUAUUAUUGAGGGAACAAACCAAAGUUUUAUGCGAAGACUCUAUCACGUUUGAUAAUAAUUCCAACUACAGCGACUUACAUACCAAAAUGAAAGCGUGGCUCCCAAAAAUCUCUGCUGUGGAAAUAGAUGAGUUCGCCACAACCAAUAUGAUUAGUGGUAACGGGUGUUUUCCACCCUGUACUGAUUCAGAGACCAUACAGACCUUACCACAACCACCUAGGGAGGAAAACAGGCCUUCAGCCACCGACGCUAAACAAAGACACCUAUCUAUAUUUGACUGUGAAGAACCACAUAUCAAAGACGACCAAGACAUUUUAUCCUUGUGUUACAAUGAUAUCAAACCUGAAUUUGACGAUUUGACAGAUGAUGUGGAGGUAGCAGAAGAAGUAGUGGUGACGACUGUUCUGGAUGAAUCGAAAUCAAAAAUGUUUUUGGGUUCACACUUUUUUGACUCUGCUUCCCCCGAGUAUCUUGUGGAUCCAAAAGAAGAGACGAUGUUGCCUUCUGAAACGAACGAAGAGAUCUCAUCACCUCUCGGUGCGUCCUCACUGAUGGAGACGUCGAUCAACUUUGACUCGAACUUCUCUGCGGAGGAUGACCUCUAUUCGCUGGAGCCUGAACCACAACCUCGUGUGGAACCUCCUCGGCCCACAACCAGGUUACAUCCUCCGCUCCGGUUGAAUAUUGAGGCUGCGAGUCAACUACCCUUGGGAGGGCUUCUGGACACACCCGAGAUGCUAAACCCGGUUCUCAAACCUGAAGACGAGUUUGAUCUUGUUCAACUUCCUUCUGACCAGUGGUGACUCGAACAGCCGGCUUCCUGCCACUCCCGUCGUCACCAGACCAUGCCCCCAAAGACGAGGGAAGAGUCAUCUCUCUAUCGCAGACCUGAAGGAGUGUCACAAGUAUGGCCGAGGGAAGCCAUCACCUUCACAUUCACCUGCACCCUCACCGUCACCCUCAUGCUCCUCAGGCCGCCCGGCACGCAAGAGUGCCACAAAGUUCAAGAGACUCCUGGAAGAGGGCCUCC